AUGCCUUCCUCCGCCCCUGUUCUGAGGCCCAAGAAGGCGCAGCCGGUAACUGCUUCUAAAGAGCAGGAACCAAUAAGCUACGACAUCAAUAUCCCAUACGUGGACGUCACAAAGGAGAACCACCUGCGGACGAGGUAUCCCGAAUAUCUUCCGACAUGGGACAAGCUUUGGUUCGAUCCUCUUCCCCAUUUCGAUUACGAGGAUCCUGCGCUGCGAGUCAAGGACAAAUCCAAGCCCAGCCUCUUGACUCCGAACGUCAAAGUUACGGACAUUCAGCCCCGAAUUGGCAGCAUUCUCGAAGGUGUGCAACUGAGCCAACUUUCCGCAGCCGCUAAGGAUGAACUUGCGCUUCUUGUCUCGGAGCGCAAGGUUGUCGCUUUCCCCAAUCAAGAUCUGAUUGAUGCCGGCCCCGCCGCACAAGCGGCAUUCAUGAGCCACUUUGGCAAGCCAAACUAUCAGCCCGUAUCCGGCACUGUGCGCGGUUACCCAGGUUUCCAUAUCAUCCACCGCGAUGGAAACCGCGAGGAAAUAUCUCGCUUUUUGGAACAGCGCACAACCACCACUCUCUGGCAUCAGGAUGUGAGCUAUGAGAUCCAGCCGCCCGGUUAUGUCAUGUUGGGUCUUCUAGAAGGCCCUGACGUUGGAGGCGAUACUGUUUUUGCCGCGACCGAUCUGGCCUAUAAGCGCCUAUCUGCCACCCUUUGCUCAUGGCUCGACACUUUACGCGCAGUCCACUCCUCUACGAAGAUGAUCAACCACGCCCGUCUUACUGGUAGCUUGGUGCGUAAAGACGCCGUCGAUACCGUUCACCCGCUGGUGCGCAUUCAUCCUGUGACUGGAGAAAAGUGUCUAUGGUUCAACGGGGAAUUCAUCACCAAGAUCCCGGGUCUCAAAGAGCCCGAGCAGCGCUGGUUACUCGAUUUUCUCAUGCAGCAUAUCGUAUCCGGGCACGACUUCCAAGCUAGAGUACGAUGGCAGCCCAAGACCAUUGUCAUAUUCGACAACAGAAGCACCAUCCAUUCAGCCAUCGUCGACUAUAUCGACGAUGAUUACGGUGCCAAACUCCGCCAUAUCUUCCGCUUGUGUGCGCUGGGCGAAAAGCCGAUCCCCGUUUACGACCAAUUCGAAUGA